UAUUAGGCUUUAAUUAGAAAAAAAUUGCAUUAAAACUCAUUGUGAUUGUCACCUGCAGGGGUGGGAAUGAACAAGAGAAAAGAAAACACGAUGAUAAAGUGUAAGUCUAUGAUUGAAUCCGUCUGCAGUAAAAUGACUGCCUUUGGAAACUGUGCUGGGAAUAUCGGCCUCGUCACACACGCACACACGCACACGCGCUCCCUCCUCCCCCUUCUGGAAACCUGUUCUGGAGGGAGUGACUUGAUUCAGGCGGCGUCCAAUUAUAUGGAAGCAGCACUUAUUCCACUUUAUUCCAGGCUACAGUUAAGUGGCUUGAAGCCUUCAGAGACACGCAGGCUUGUAGUAGCUGGAGACCCACCGAGACGUUCCUCGCGUGACAUGUGCGCGGACAGCUAGAAGACAAAAGGUGGAAACGUCAACGACCACGGCGUCUGCGAGGAGACGGAGGAUGCUCCAAAUCAAACCCACCAGGAGCUUUUUCUUUUUUUCUUUUCUUCUUUCGCGUCUGGAAAUUCACCCCUUCGUAUAAAUGAUUCAUGACAGCCUGCUUCUAUUUCUAAGGGAGUAAACUGCGCUCGCGGUGAGUUUUAAAGCUCAAGCCAAACCUGUAGAAGCUACAGAAACUGGUCAAAGUCGAAUCAUUUGGAAGAGUUUGAUGAAGUAGCACUGGAGCUCAUUUGUCAGCAGGAUCAACUGUUGCUGCGGCCGGACGGAGAGCAGAGACAUUCUCCAAGUGUCUGCUUGCACUAUGGAUGCUUGACCGUCACCUGCUCCCGCGCGCAGCCACAAUUAACAUGGAAGAGAGACUGGUUUGGUUGUUGAUGACUCGGAUAUUAUCUGUCCUGAUGUGAUGCCACAUUGUUGCGCUGAGGGGGAAUGAUAAGAUAACGUACUGCCGGCUUUUUCAUACUGGUUGAGCAUCUCUGUGUGUGAAACUACACCUUCUUUUUGUCUUUUUCUUUGUGCAAGGCACCUCUCUGGGCAUUUUUACUCACGAACACGCGUCAAAAUUGACAGGCUUUGUGUUGGAAGUGACCUUGCCCGGCUCUGACGUCCAUCCAUCCAGCGGGAGAUAACCAUGCUGAUGAUGAUGGAGAACAGCGGCAUGGAUGCGCAUCAGGUUGAUAUCGAUUCGGAAUUCGAGCCUCACACUCGGUCGCGGUCGUGUACCUGGCCGCUUCCGUGUUCGGAAGAUUUCCACGGGGGAGAAGAGGCGAGCCGUGGGGUUCUGGUGGCCCUGGCGUCCGUCAAAGUGGAACAGUACGACGUUCCGGCGUGCCGCGCCGAGAGAAAAGGCGGCGCGCCGGCGGAGAUCAAGCAUCCUGCCGGCGCCCCGGCUCCCGUUGUGGCCGCUCCUGCCUGCAUGUCCGGGGCUGCGCUCGACGUGGCCGGACAGCUGCGCAAAGCCAAGUCCUCGAGGCGGAACGCGUGGGGAAACCUGUCAUAUGCAGAUCUCAUCACCCGUGCCAUUGAGAGCGCCCCGGAGAAGAGGCUCACCCUGUCACAGAUCUAUGACUGGAUGGUUCGCUUUGUUCCUUAUUUUAAGGAUAAAGGCGACAGCAACAGUUCAGCCGGAUGGAAGAAUUCAAUCAGACACAACCUGUCCCUCCACAGUCGCUUCAUUCGGGUGCAAAAUGAAGGGACGGGGAAGAGUUCAUGGUGGAUGCUCAACCCAGAAGGAGGGAAGAUGGGGAAGGGACCCAGACGACGUGCGGCCGCAAUAGACAAUGGGACACGCUAUCUGAAGACCAAGGGUCGCAUCAGCCGAAAGAGAGCAGGGGUCAUAGGCCUUGGACGGGGGCAAGUUCAGGGAGCUGGCCCAGCGAUGCAGGGCUCGCCAGAGCACGGCAGUCCAGCAGGGAAAGGAGGUGUGGGCAUGGGUGGUGAUGAGUAUGACACCUGGACAGACCUCCACUCUCGCACAUCAUCCUCUGCCUCCACACUGAGCAGCUGCUUGUCUCCAAUCCUAGCAGAAGCAGAGGCUGACGAGCCUGAGGAGGGCGGACUGUCUUGUUCGGCCUCCCCUCGACUCUACCCCAGUCCCACCAGCACCCGUUCUCCAGCCUUGGGCACUGGGAGCCACUGCCCCAAUGUGGAGCUGCCUCAGCUAACUGAUCUGACCGGGGCAAUUAGUCUUGAUGAAAGUGGCUACCCCCAGCAACAGCAAAUCAAAUGCAAUGGUUAUCCCUAUGUGCCUGGGCCAAAGACAGAGGGAUCUUACUGUGGGCCCAUGUACGGACAGUCUUCCAUGGGCAUGUUGAGACACCACACCCCCAUGGAGACCAUCCAGGAGAACAAGCCAGUCAGCUUUCAACGUCCAAUGAGAGGCUACUCAGAGAACAACGCCUUGCAGAGUCUACUCACAGGAGGUCCUUCAUACUGCAACAAAGAUUCAGUGCUUGGUCAGGGACGGGAAUCACAUGCACUGUUGACACAGGGAAAUGGCGUUCAAAGCCAGCACAACCACAAUCAGAAUCACAGCCACAAUCAUAACCACAAUCACAGCCAAGAGCAUCCUCACAAUCCCAGUCUACACAAUGGCCAUGGCUCGGUUCACGAUCAGAACACAGCCCAUCAUCAGAACCACAAUCAGGGUCACAAACACCAAGCCAGCCUUGACUAUGGCCACAGCCACAAACCCCACACUGCCCACGAUUAUAGUCAGAGUCACGAGCAUGGCCACAGUAACAAAGUCAAUCCCAGUCAUGAUCACAAUCCUCGCUCCAGUCAGAGUCACUUGCACAACCACACUUCCCACAACCCUCUUAAUGCUAUGCACAGCGGGCCACACCAUCAGGCUCUGUCCCCACGGGUGAGCACUGACAUCCUGCAGCCCUACAGUCUCAAGACCUCUAACCACUAUGGGCCGCGCCCCCACCUCCCAACGUCCCCUUCCCUGCCACCAAACCCUGCAGGCAUCAUGGACGUUCCCCAGGACCCCUGUCGCCUCGCAUCGGCACCUCACCCUCGUCACCAGUCUUAUCCAGGAGCUCACCAUCAGGCCAUGCCUGACUCCUGGCAUGGCUACUAUCACAACAACCAGCAGUCAGGGAGUGCUGGAUACCAGGGACAGCAGCACAACUCCCACAGCAGAAUGGCUGCCCAGAUGGAGAUGGAGAACAUCCCUAAUAGCGUUGACUGUGAUGUGGACUCCAUCCUCCUCAGUGACUUUAUGGAAGCAGAAAACAUGGACUACAACUUUGAUGGCUCUCUAUCCCAAGGAGUAGGCAUGGGGAUGGGCUUGAGUUUAGGGGCUUUUGCUUGUCCUCCACCCACACAUAGCAACCAAAGUUGGGUGCCAGGGUGAACUUAAGCCCAAAGGUUUGGAAAGACAUAUGGCCAGGAAGCUCACCCUCUGGGUCAGGCUACUGGUGGGCUGUGCCCUUGGACCAACUGGGAUUUUGUUUUUCUGAGAUGAUACAUAUUGUCAUUUUAUUUCCUUAGGACUCCUUUCACUUCCACAUUGUACUUUUUCCCCCUCUUCCACCUUGUUUAUAAAGCCUUCUGUCUCCAUAUUGGACUUGCUCCCUCUAAGCCCAAUCCUAAAGCCCCCCCCCCCUCAAUUUUGUGUUGUUUAGAUUUUUUUCUCUCUCUCUCCUCCCAAUCUCAUCCUGUCUCUUCUAAGCUCUCAAGCACUUUACAUCCAUCUUUUCAUGCAGAUGCAGUAACACAAAUACCAGGCAAAGCCACGCUGUGUGUUGACUUAAGUUUAAUGUAUGCAAUCCACUUUACAGUAUUAUCUCCUCCUACAAAGGAGGUGUUGUUCCUGACUUAAGAACAUGAUCAAACAGCUGCAUAAAUAUCUUCAAUGCAGAGGUGCUCUCAGGUUGGGAGGCUUUGAGGUAUGAGGAUAGAGAGAAUGGGAAUGAGAGCUGAAGGGAUGGAGCUGGAGCAACAAAGGGAAUUCCAGGGUCAGUUUGAUUACUCCACUUGCAGGUGGACGGUUGUGUAUCCUGUUCAGUUCACCACUGGAGGACAGUCAUCCAUCAGGCAACCAUCAGCACCCACAUCCUUUCUUUAAUCUCCAAAGUAAUGCCAGAUUGAUGCAUUACUAUUGCAAAUCUAAUGCGCCACUCUGUUUUUUCAACCCCCUCCUCUCUCUCGCUUCAACUCCGGACACACCGGCUUAAUGUGUUUUGGUGAAAGUGAUGAUAAAAGUCACUCUGCACUAAA